AUGUUCCUCACCAUGGCCCUGCUGAGGAAAGGCAUCUCUGGCAAGCAGUGGAUCGGGAAGUACCGCCGGCCGCGUGCCAUCACCUGGCAGAUGAAACGCAACAUGCUGGUGCACCUGGAGCGCGAGGCGGAGAACGAGUACUGGAUCUCCCGACCGUACAUGACCACAGAGCAGGAGAGAGGACACGCCGCUGAGCGCCGAGCACAGAGCUGGCUCAAAAUUAAGGAGACCAAGUUUCAAAAGUUUCCAGAACAUAAGUAUGUUGCAGAUCAUCUAAGUCACCUCAACACGACCAAGACAUGGUCAAGUUAAUGAGGAGGAAGUAUUGACUUUGUGUGGGGAGAUGGAGAUGGGGCUGCCAUUUGACUCCUGUGUGUCUUUAAUGUAUGUAAUGUAUAUGAACUAUGGAGUGUUGGUAAUUAUAUCUUUAUAAAGCAAGCUCAUAUUUGAAAACAA